AUGUUGCGAAACUUCUCAAGGUCUACAGCGUUUACGCGUACUUUCAAGUUCCAUCCAAAAAUCUUUACUCGAAAGUAUGUUUCAGCGGAUCAGCGAGAGUACCUGAACAAACGUUUGGUGGAGACAGAUCCCGAAGUAUUUGAUAUUAUAGAGAAGGAGAAGAGAAGACAACGUGAGAGCAUAACCCUUAUUCCUUCAGAAAACUUUACGGCACGUGCUGUUAUGGAUGCUCUCGGAUCAGUUAUGCAAAAUAAAUACUCAGAAGGAUACCCUGGAGAAAGAUACUAUGGUGGAAACGAGUUUAUCGAUCAAUCUGAAUCUCUUUGCCAAAGACGAGCGUUAAAGGCGUUUAAUUUAGAUGAUUCCAAAUGGGGGGUAAACGUCCAAUCUUUAUCUGGUUCACCGGCUAACUUGUACGUGUACAACGCAUUGUUGAGGCCACAUGAGAGAUUGAUGGGAUUAGAUUUACCACAUGGUGGACAUUUGUCUCACGGUUAUCAAACAGGAUCCAGGAAAGUGUCAGCAGUUUCCGUCUAUUUCGAAACGUUACCGUACCGAUUGAAUGAAAAGACUGGUAUAAUAGAUUACGAUGCUCUUGAAAAAACCGCUAUUUUAUAUCGACCCAAACUUAUAAUUGCCGGCGCCAGUGCCUACCCAAGAAAUUAUGAUUACGCUCGUAUGAAAACAAUUGCCGAAAGUAUAAACGCAUACUUAAUGGCUGACAUUGCACAUAUAAGCGGCUUAAUCUCGGCUGGCGUUUUGCCUUCUCCAUUCGAGUUUGUCGAUAUUGUCACCACCACAACGCAUAAAUCUCUUCGAGGUCCGCGCGGUGCUCUUAUUUUUUAUAGAAAAGGCGUAAGGAAAGUUGACAAAAAAGGAAGAGAUAUCCUAUAUGACCUCGAAAAUCCCAUUAAUCAAUCCGUCUUUCCCGGUCAUCAGGGGGGACCACAUAAUCAUACCAUUACAGCCCUUGCUGUUGCACUUAAACAGACCGAAACUUCAAUAUUUAAAGAAUACCAGAUGCAAGUAUUGAAAAAUAGUUUUGCGUUUGCUGAGGCAUUCAAGAACAAAGGAUAUAGUUUGGUUUCUGGUGGCACAGACAAUCAUUUGUUGCUUGUCGAUUUAAGGCCCAUGAAAAUUGAUGGUGCUCGUGUUGAACGCAUUCUUGAAUUGGUAAAUAUUGCGGCAAAUAAGAACACUGUUCCCGGCGAUGUGAGCGCGUUUAUUCCGGGUGGGAUUCGCGUUGGUACGCCUGCCAUGACAACCCGUGGUUUCGUUGAACCAGAUUUUGAAAAAGUAGUUGAAUUCAUUCACAAAGCUGUGGAAAUAACCAUCGACAUCAAUAAGAAAGUUUCUGGAACGAAACUAAAGGAUUUUAAGGAUUAUAUUGGAAGGGAUGACUUUAAAGAAUCUUCAAUUGAUGAAUUAAGACAACAAGUAGUCGAAUUCGUUAAAAGAUUUCCCACUAUUGGUUUUAACGAGAGCGAGAUGAAAUACGCAUGA